GACCCUUCCCAGAUCAAGUGGGGCGAGGCUGGAGAUGACGAUGUUGUGGAAUCUACCGGUGUGUUCACCACCAUCGACAAGGCCUCUGCUCACCUGCAAGGAGGUGCCAAGAGAGUCAUCAUCUCCGCCCCCAGCGCCGAUGCCCCCAUGUUCGUGAUGGGCGUCAACCACCAUCAUUACGAUAACUCCCUGAAGGUUGUCAGGUAAGCCCCUCCCCCCUCCACCCGUGACAUUAUUUUAAAGGAGCAGUGUGACAUGUACAAACAUUCCUGCCACAGGGUGACAUGUCACAUGUACAAACCAUUGCUGAAACAGACAGACACGCACACUCAGUUCCAGCAGGACAAAAAUCAUCCCUCAGUCUUACAGAGAAUGCGAGUAUGAAACAUGCCCUAAACACAUCCUACAAUUGCUCACACACUUCAAUUAAACUUUGGGACAAUAUCACUAAACAAGGUCCUGUGUUUGACCGAUUUUGGAAAAUAACUGUUUUCAACAAUGGUUUUGUAAAGAAAAAUGUACUCUCAUUCUAAGCACUGUUUACUUUCCAUUACUUUCCAUAAGCCUUAUCUUCAAAUUCUAGGGAAGUUGCAUAACUCCUUGAGGUAAGAAAACAAUUCAGAUUAGGUAACAUGGGAAACUAUUUUACUUCGGAAAGGCAGGAUUUAAUGUGGGUCAAAGGUGGGUGGAGGAGUGACUUGGUGCUGCUGACGAUACAGUUGAAAUGAUGUUGGGUUUUUCCUGGUGGGAGGAAAUAGAUUAUGUUGAUAAUGAUGUCACGUCCUCACAACAACGCCUCCUGCACAACUAACUGCCUGGCUCCCAUCACCAAGGUUAUCAACAACAACUUUGGCAUCAUUGAGGGUCUCAUGGUAAGAACGGAUGAUAAUUGUGUUAAAAAGCACAAUUAUCACACGGACUGGAAUGUAGUGAUAAAAGUGGGUCAGCACUGAUGCUGACAUUGAGAUCUCGAUUAAUGUACAUGCUAACAACGCUCAUGUUUCUGCUCUGCGCAAGUUCUGAGUCAUGAUUAUCGGAGCACACAACAGAAAAAGAAAAUAUGGUUAAUUUCAGAUAGUAACUUCCUGUUUUCUUCCUUUUGGUGCCUAAUGAACAAAACCCUGCAUAGACUAGCAUCCAUAUCACUUGUUUCCUCCCCCAGAACACAGUUCACUCCGUCACAGCCACUCAGCAGAGACUGUUGACGGGCCCUCCGGUAAGCUGUGGAGAGAUGGACGUGGUGCCAGCCAGAACAUUAUCCCUGCCUCCACCGGCGCCGCUAAGGCGGUGAGCAAGGUUAUCCCCGAGCUGAAUGGGUAAGAACCAAUCCAGGACCAUUGGUUUCGUAAUGGAGGUUUUAUGACCAUAGUGAUAAUGGAUGGGACUUGUAUAGUCCUUUUCACUAAGGGCGAGUCUCAACAUUCGAAAGCAUGAAAAAAAUUAUUAUAGCCCCAUCCCUCAGCUGUAUAUCAAAACAAGUGGCAGGGCUGUCAUUGUUUUAUUAACCCAGAAUGUAGAUUUAACUGAACCUUCUGACCCACACGAAGCUGACGGGCAUGGCCUUCCGUGUCCCCACCCCCAACAUGCCCGUGGUUGACCUGACUGUCCGUCUUGAGAAGGCCGCCCCUUAUGAAGAGAUCAAGAGAGUCAUCAAGGAGGCCUCCACAGGACCCAUGAAAGGAAUUAUGGGAUACACAGAGGACCAGGUGGUUUCCACUGACUUCAAUGCACUCAAUGACCACUUUGUCAAGCUGGUCUCAUGGUAUGUAUCCAGACCUACACACACACACACACACAAUAUAUACAAUAUACAUCCCAUAUACACAAUAUACAUCCCAUGACAUCUUCCUUCUCCUGAAUGGACAUCCCACCAGUCCACCGCCAGAGAAAGAACCGGUAGCAAAGUACAUAGCAACAGGUUUAAAAUAAGUGACAUUUCUGUGCAGAGGAUGGAGUCUUGUUUUUGCCUGCGAAAUAUUUCUGUCCACCGCACCGCACCGUGCCUU